UCCUUUGAUGCAACGCGUCCCAGAGUGAGGCACGUUUAAAAAACAGAGAAGUAUGAUUCCACGUCGAACACGUGUCACAUCUAUGCCUUGAUGCCUGAUUUUCCGGAUUUUAAUGAGGCCGCUAAAUCUUCUGCCAUCUCGUAGUUAAGCCGCUAAAAACUCUCUGGUAAUAAAAUAAACACAACGUUACGUGUCUUCCUCCUCCACGUGUCAUGCCUCCCUUGUCUUUAUCCUCUUCUCCCCCUUGUUCUUGUUCUUAUUAUUAUUACUAGUUGUGAAUAUUCUUGCAUUAAUUCAUAGUUUGAGACGAAGAAAACAAAAAUGAUGCAAGUUUCGACUAGUCUUAAAACGGAAGAAGAUGAGAAUGAGUUGAGUCUGGAGUUAUCUAUUGGAAGAAAAUGUUACGACAAGAAUAGCACCACAAUGUUACCUCGUAAAUCUUCGGAUUUUGCAAUCUGCCCCAAAUCGCAAUUAGAUGACCUUGUAUUCAAACCAGAUAUUCAUGCUUUGAGGCGACAAGAAGCUCGAAAAAAGAGAGACCAAAAGCUCAGAUUUAAAUCCACAUUAGGAGGAGGAGGAGGAGGAGAUCGCAACGGGAAUGCUUGUUGUGUAAUGAAUCAUGAGGAUCAUGGUAUACUUGACGAUGAGGAGGAGGAGGAGGAGAUGCCGCCACGAAAGAAAGAGAAAUGCCUAGGCCUUUCGGGUGAUAAUAAUAUAACUCAUAACAAUGUGGUUUCGAAUUGUGGACCGCGAAAACAAGAGAAAUUACUAGUGAAUGAUUUCAAACUCAAGAUGAAUCGGGAGCCGGGUUUGAUGGGUGAAUCUCCCUGCCCCUACCCAAUGCAAUAUGUCCCGUUUACGAAUGGAUUUGUGUAUCAUCCCCACGGGGUGAUGCCUUCAGUAGUCGACAAGGACAAAAGGGUUGGUUUUGCAAGUGCUGCUGGUGGAAAUGAGUGCUUGGACAAGGACAGGAGGGUUAGUUUCGACGUUGCAGCUUGCCGGAGUUUCAGGCCUUAUGACACCUGCAGGAAUUUAGAGAUGAGUGUUGUAAAUGGCAAAUCAGAUGCUUCUUCUGGAGGCAGUUCCCCUGCUGUUUCAGAUCAUCACAACUCAGCUCUGCAAGGUGGUAGCAGCUCAAUCAGUUUUCAACAAGAAAGUCGAAAUGUCUUUGGUGCAGGCAAUGGACCAAAGAGGUCUGAAAUCAAAAGCUGGAAUGCAAUGGGAAUGUGUUCUAAUGAAGUCAAAGUUAGAACAAAAGCAAAUCACAUAGUAAACACGACAUUAUUAGGUAACAUUCAAGUUAGAGAAUUAAGGUGCAAUGAAGAGCCGAAACCAGCUGCUACACUUGAGGAUCCGACUUUAAGCACCAAGAACCCGAUUGACCCUGCCCUGCUUAAGAAAAACAUAAGCAAUGCGGUCAUCACCAAGCCUCUAAAGACUCAAAGUGAAUGUAAUAGUGCUUCGCCUCUCCCCCAAAUGCCUUGUGUAUCGACGACAGGAAAUGGCCCCAACGGAAAAACUAUCACCGGGUUCUUGUACAGGUACACCAAAACAGAAGUUUGCAUUGUCUGUGUUUGUCAUGGAACUUCAUUUUCACCAGCUGAGUUUGUGAAGCACGCUGGGGGCGUAGAUGUAGAGCAUCCGCUUAGACACAUCACUAUAGUACCCUCCGAUUUGACAUAACCGAUGAUGUAAUUUAGCUCCUAUUUCUUGCCAUAUGAAGGAAGAGGAUUGUAAUAUGUACAAGACCAUAAUGAGGUUUUAAAAUUAGUUACCAUAUUACACAUUAGUUCAGUUUGGAUCAUGUAUAUUACAUUCUGUAACCUGUCUAACUUGAGAUGCCUGCUUCCAGACUUAACAAGUCUCCAACU